GUAAGUAACACUGUAACAGCUAACAGUUAGUAGUCAGCAGAAGCGGCAGAAGUAAGCAAAUAAAGUCGAGAUUCUGAUUUCGUAAGUAAACCACAAGCAAAAAUAUAAUGCCGAAUAGUUUUGAAAUACAGAGUGCUCCACAAUCCAAACAUUUCAAAUCAAUUAAACGUCCUAUGUUUGCACCAGGAACGUUUGAUGGCAAAGUUGCUUUUGUUACAGGUGGAGGAACUGGAUUAGGAAAAUGUGUUGCAAUGUAUUUGAGUAUUUUAGGGGCAAAGGUUGCAAUUGCAAGUCGAAAACUGCCAGUCCUUCAGAAAACAGCAGAAGAAAUUUCAUCAACUUCUGGAAAUAGAGUCCUUGCAGUUCAGCUAGAUGUUCGAGAUCCAACCUCAGUCAAACAAGCAGUUGAUAUCUGUCAAAAUGAGUUUGGAGUUCCUAAUAUUGUAAUCAACAAUGCAGCUGGAAAUUUUGUUGCUCCAACUGAACGACUCUCUUCAAAUGCUUGGAAAACUGUUAUUGAUAUUGUUCUGAAUGGAUCUGCAAAUGUGACCCUUGAUAUUGGAAAGAGGCUUAUACAGGCAGGGAAAGGGGCUGUAUUUCUGGCAGUAAUAGCUCCUUACACUACACAUGGUUCAGGGUUUGUGUGUCCAAGUGCAUCAGCCAAAGCUGGAGUGGAGGCCAUGAGCAAAUCUUUGGCUGCUGAAUGGGGUAGAUAUGGAAUGCGAUUCAAUUGCCUAUCACCCGGACCUUUCGAAACUGAGGGGGCUUUCAGUCGUUUGGAUCCGACUGGUCAGUUUCGAUCAAUGUUCAAGGAUCAAAUACCUGUUGGUCGAAUCGGAGAUGUAGAGGAAGUGGCAAAUUUAGCUCUAUACAUGACUAGUGACUUUUCUAGUUGGUUGAAUGGAGCUGUGAUUCAGUUGGAUGGAGGAAAACUACCUUUUACAGCAGGUGAUUUUAAUGGUCUUGUUAAAGUGGAUGACGAGCAAUGGAAUAUAAUGGAGGAAAUCAUUCGUAGCUCCAACAAAAAAUCCAAGUUAUAGUUCGGUGAUUAUUCAUAUGUAGUAGUAUCGCUUACAUCAAAUAUCAAUAUAUUUUGGUUGCUACUAAUAAAUUAAAAAAUUAUAUUCCCA